CUGACGCAGCCGCAGUGGGUCCUUGCAUCUUGCUCCGGAGCGGUGCAUUGUGGGAAACUCCUGAGUGCUCUUUGGCGUCUGCAGCCACUGCCUGCUGUCAUCACGCGGAGGGAGUGCGCAGCACCGAGCUGGAGGCCCGACGGAAAGUGCAGGACCCACUGUGGUGCAGAGUGGCCAGGCCUCAGUCUUCUUCCCAAGCCAGGACAGAGAAUCGGGCUGAGGCCUUUCCUACUGCCCAGAGCCUAUUGUCUGCCCUGACCCACGCACAGGCCCACCCUAAGCUCCUGCCUGAGACCCUCUCUGAGCUUUGAGCGCAGGCAAGGACCUCCUGCCCUUGAGCUGGAUGAAGACCCAUAUAAUGCUCAGGGGUGAGCUGUCCUGAGACACUGUGGUCCAACCUCCUGCCUGUCACACACACCCAGUCCAGCAGUCAGCACCACUACUAUGGAGUCUCGGGGAAAGUCGGCCAGCAGCCCCAAACCAGACACCAAGGUGCCCCCGGCUACAGCUGAGGCCAAGGCCACCUUGGCUGCUGAUGGAAAAGCCCCCUUGACCAAGCCUGUGAAGAAGGACACCCAAGCAGAGAAGCAGGAACAGCCAUCGGCCCCUGUGCCAGCCCCUGCCAAGAAGACACCCGCCAAGGCAGACCCCGCACUUCUCAACAACCACAGCAACCUGAAACCAGCCCCCACAGUCCCGGUGGCCCCCAGCAGUCCUGAUGCAACCCCAGAGCCCAAGGGUCCUGGGGAUGGGGCCGAGGAGGACGAGUCCAACACCGGGGGCCCAGGGGGUCGAGGUCCCUGGCCCUGCGAGAACUUGACCCCCCUGCUGGUGGCUGGGGGUGUGGCUGUGGCAACCAUGGCCCUGAUUCUCGGUGUGGCCUUUCUAGCCCGGAAAAAAUGAUCCCUGCUGUCUAGGUGGCGGCACAGAGCCAUUUGCUGUACAGACCCGAGAAUAUAGUGCAUGCAAGAACAUAGAUAAUUAUCUAUACACACACAUACAUCACACACACGCGCGUGCGCGCGCGCGCGCACACACACACACACACACACAUAUAUAUACAUGUAUACCACACACAUCCGCGCAGCAGGAGAGAGACAAUGAGCCCACCUCUGCCAACCCCAGAAUGCCUCCUCCCAAGCUCUGGGGCAGGAUCCCAGCCCUGUGAUUUGCAGGGCUAGGCAGGUGGAGCUACAGCAUGGAGCAGCGGGCUUGGCCUGGACCAGGUGGCUGGGAGCAGCAGAGAAGGAAAAGACCCUGGGUGUGGUCCACCCGAUGGGCUGGCCUCUGAAAGACAGGUAGUGGAGUGGGGUGGCCCUUGUGGAGACAUUAAAGGGUGCAGCUGUUUCUCUCCCAUUUCUGCUCUUUUGUGCAGCUGGAGGGGGUUCCGAUGAGGCGGGCAGUCAUAUCUACACAGCUACCUCCACCCCACCAUCCCUGCCCUGGUUAGGUGAACUUGGGAGCCCUCCCCCCACAAACCAAGUUCCUCUUUUCCAGCUUGUACCCUAGAAGAGCCCCUAAGGCUGAGAUCACUGCACUUCCUGCCCAGAGCAGCAACUGUCCUGGAGGUGGCUGAAAGGAUGGUACUGAGGCAGGGGAAGACCUAUGCCACAGCUCUGUCUGCCCAACAACCCCCCCAACAGACUGCCCCUCCUGCCUGCACCCAGCACCCUCUAACAAGCGUAUAAAAUGCAAUAACACAGGUAGAGUAGAACCGCCCAGUGGGUGGCUGCCACGCAUCACCCACUGCCUGCAGGAAAACCCCCUGCGCAGGCCACCCCGUAGCGCAUCUGUUCCUGGCUCGCCCCUCGGUGCGGUGGCAGUGGACAGGCUUCUGGAAGGCGGCAGUGGGCACUAAGAGAACAUUGCCGUCACCUGGCCAGUGGCUGCAGGAACCCUAGGCCCAAGUGGAGGCUGAGUCUGAAAUAAACUCUGUUGUCUAAAGGC